CUUCACACUACCAUAUUUUGUCAAACUAGUAAAGAACGUUGUUGAUACGUCUUAAAACAAAGCACAAACUAGACGAACGAAAACAAUGGCGAUUAUUUUGUCUUUCCUCUUGCUUCUGCUCACCUUGAUCUUCUUGAAGAAGAUCAAAAACUCAAAAAAAAAUCUUCCCCCGAGCCCACCAAAGCUCCCGUUCAUCGGAAACCUACACCAGCUCCAAGGAUUGCGUCACCGAUGUCUUAACGAUCUGUCCAAGAAACACGGACCCGUGAUGCUUCUCCGUCUAGGAUAUGUCCCAAUGGUCGUAAUCUCAUCGAGUGAAGCAGCUAAAGAAGCUCUUAAAAUACAGGACCUUGAGUGUUGUACACGACCUAACACUAUCGCUACAAGGAUUUUCUCGCGCGACGGUAAAAACAUCAGCUUUGCGGUAUACGGUGAGGAAUGGAGAGUGCUGCGUAAGCUUGUGGUUCGUGAGUUUUUCAGCGUGACAAAGGUUCGAUCUUUCCGUUAUGUUAGAGAGGAAGAGAAUGACUUGAUGGUCAAGCAACUGAAGGAAUCGGCUUUGAAGCAAUCUCCAGUGGAUUUGAGCAAAACCCUCUUUUGCCUAGCUGCAAGUAUCGUAUUUAGAACCGCCUUUAGUCAGAGUUUCUUUGAGAACAAGCAUAUCAACAAGGAGGAUAUUGAAGAACUGAUGUUUGAAGUUCAGAAAAAUAUGUCUUUUAAAUUCUCUGAACUCUUCCCCGUUGCUGGUCUUGGAUGGUUUAUGGACUUUCUGUCAGGACAACAUAAGAGACUUCACAACGUUUUCAACGAGGUUGAUACUUUUUUAAAUCAUAUAAUUGAUGAUCAUCAAUCUAAGAACCCAAACCAAGAUCGUCCUGAUAUCGUCGACUCGCUCUUACAUAUGUUACAUACACAAGAACAAGAUGAAUCUUUCAAGCUCACCAUUGAUCAUAUCAAAGGCAUCAGCCAAGAUGUAUAUCUUGCUGGAGUAGACACAAGCGCCAUUACCAUGAUUUGGGCGAUGGCAGAGCUCGUUAGAAACCCUAGAGUGAUGAAAAAAGUCCAAGAAGAGAUCCAAACUUGCAUUGGAAUCAAACAAAAGGAGAGAAUCGUGGAAGAAGAUCUUGAUAAGCUUCAAUACUUGAAACUUGUGGUGAAAGAAACCUUGAGACUACACCCAGCAGCUCCUCUGUUACUCCCAAGAGAAACAAUGAGUCAAAUCAAGAUUCAAGGCUACGACAUUCCGCCAAAAACCCUUCUAGUGGUCAACGCAUGGUCGAUAGGACGAGAUCCUAAACACUGGGAAAAUCCAGAAGAAUUUACCCCGGAGAGGUUUAUCGAUUCUCCGGUGGAUUACAAAGGAAAUAAUUUUGAGUAUUUACCGUUUGGUGCUGGACGAAGGAUGUGCCCAGGAAUGGCUUCAGGGAUUGCGACCAUUGAAUUGGGACUCUUGAAUUUGCUUUACUACUUUGAUUGGAGAUUGCCUGAGGAGAAGAAAGAUAUGGACAUGGAAGAAGCUGGUGAUGUUACCGUUGUUAAGAAGGUUCCUCUUGAGCUUCUUCCUAUUCUUCGCCUGUGAUGGGGUCACAGAGUCUUGAAGAACAAGAGAAGUUGAACUCUGUAAGUGAUCAGACUUAAGACUAGAGUUAUGUUGUUGUUGUUUUUUUUAAAAAAAAAUAAAAAAUAAAACUUGUUGGGAAAU